ACGAGUGGUGACAGAAUUUGUUGUUUACUCCAAAUCUUUCACAUCGCCAACAACUCUCUUGAGCCGCAGGGAAAAGCCUUUGAAACUGCUGAUUUGCUGGCUGCCCUUGUUCGCUUACCGUCCUCGCCUCUGUCUCCUUGUUCUGUUCUCAAAGGGACGUGCAGCAUCGAUCGAUCUCCAAUGGCGUACAAGGUGAAAGCAGGGAUUUUCAAGGGCCUCAAGGUCUUCUCCCGGAUCUUCGCGGUGAAGGAGCAUGAGAUGGAGAUCGGUUACCCGACGGACGUGAAGCACGUCGCGCACAUCGGCUGGGACAGCGCGGCGGGCAGCGCGUCUCCGAGCUGGAUGAACGACAUCAUGGCGUCCUCGGACUUGUCGUCCCUGGGCAACUUUGCAGCGCUCACUGGUACCUCGACCUCCUGGGUUUCCGUUUCUCAAGAUCUCGACAGCCUGCAGCGUGUCGGCGCGGUCGCAGAGAACACCGGCACCGGCAGGCGAGACGACUCGACCACGUGCCCCGACGUUCCAAGGCCGCCAAGGAAGCCGGCGACGAAGAAGCCCAGGGACGGGUCGCCGACGGCACUGUCGGCGUCGGAACCGUCCAGCAGCUCUACAGACGAGGUGGCGACGACGUCGCCACCGUCACCAGCGGGUCAUGUCGAGGCUGCUGCAAAUGCCGCGCGAUGAUCUGAACUGUGCUCCGGUUUCCCGCGCUUUCCGGGUUUGUGUAGGCGAGGCUACAAAGAUUGCUUGUUCUGUUU